AUGGACGCCGCGAUGAGCCCCGUCGCGGGAACCCCGGAAGCCGCCAGCCCGCGCGCCGCCGACGGGUCUGCCGUGCCGCCGCUGGCGUCGCUCGCCAAGCCGUCGUCGUCAGGCGAUCUUUCGUCGCUUGGCGACGCGAACAGCGACAUUCCGUGGUGGUCCGUCGCUCUGCCGCUCGACUCCUCGGGCGGUGCCGCGUCGCCGCUCUUCUCCCCGCUUCUCUCGCCGUUGCCCGGCAAUUCCGGGUUGGGCGGCGAGGGCUUCGCGCUGUAUGGCGACUUGGGGCGGCUGGACGGCGAGUGGGACAGCCCCGAGGGGCGCCGCCAGUCAGACGUGUCCGUCGCCGGUGCUGCGGACGACGACGCUGGCGACGCUGCUGCUGCUGACGUCACACAAGGUGCGCGAGGUGGCGGUGCGGUUGGGGUGGGAGCAGCGGCGGGAGAAGGUUGGGGCGACGAGGCUCUCAGUAGCCGCGGCAGUGACGACCAUGUCGCUGCUGCCAGCGCGGCCAGAGGUACGAGUGAUGCCGGCGUGGCGCGCAGCAGCAGCAGCAGCGCGUGGGACGCGUGCGACGGCGACAUGAGCAGCAGCGGUGCUGCGGCGGGAAGGGGCGUGGGGGCGGACGUGCGAUCCCCCGCGAGUGGUGGGGAGGGCCGCGCGGAAGGGCGCGCGGAGGAGCACGCGGAGGCUGCUUGCCCUCACCCGGCGGAGACGCGGCAGGCGGAGGGCGCGGCAGCGGAGGCGGUGCAGGCAGGUUCAGUGCAGCCCGCGGUGAUAGAGGCGGUGCAAGAAGGCAGCGGGGCGAGUGGGGGUGAGCGGGAGCAGGUGGGCGGCGAGGCGAGUGGCGAGGCGGGUGCAGCGGGGCUGCAGAGGCGCUACCCCAGCUUCCGCGUGCGCGGCCAUGCGCCGGACAGCAGCGCGCAGGACCGCGAGCUUGUGCAGGCACCCGCCUUACCCGCGGCAGGGGCUGAUGCUAGGCCGGGCGUGAUGGUGGGGCAGAAGGGCGUGAUGGUGGGGCAGAAGGGCGUGAUGGUGGGGCAGAAGGGCGUGCUGCAGCUGUGGUCGCCCGGCAGCUCCCCCUCAGAUGUGUCCCCCUCCGCCCUCGCUGCCUCUGCCGCCGUGGCAGCAGCAGCAGAAGCAGCUGUCCGUGCGGCGGACACUGGCAGCGCCAGUGGCGAUGCCAUGGACAGCGCGGGAGCAUGGCGGCCCACCGCGCAUGUGGACGGCUCACCUCUCCCCGCAGGUGCCUUGUCAGUGGCGGCAGCAGCAGAGACGAGGCCCAAGCGCCGCCAUCCCAAGGCACCCGCAGCAGCAGCAGUGGCGGCAGCGGCAGGGGGGCCAUCAGCGGCGUCCCCGCGGGGGGCGUGGCGCAGCGCGGAGGCGAGGAGCAGCCGGCGGCGGCGCAGGGCGCAGCAGAGGCGGGCGGGCGCGCGCGGGGCGAGCGGGUCGUCGGGGGAGUCGGACGAUGACUUCUGGGGCGUGGGGCAAAGCGAGGGGCGCGCGGAGGGGCAGACGGAGGCGGACGGGGUCCAUGGGGCCGUGGGGGGGCUGCCUACAGGGGUGGUGGCGCCGUGUGAGAGCAGCGCUGCUGCUGCUGCUGCUGGUGCUGGUGCUGGUGCUGGUGGUGGUGGUGUUGAUACAGGCAGUGAUGGGCGUGGCAGUGCGGGUGCAGCUGUGGAGGCAGCGAGUGGCAUGGCGGAGUGCAGCAGCGUGGAGUUGCGGCAGGGAGGGAGCAGCGACGCGACAGCAGGGCGCUUGGCAGCUGAUGGUGCUGCCGUGCCAUGUGACGAGUCUCAGCAGCCGGCCCGCUCCGCUGCACGCACGCCGUCUCGCUUCGCGUCCCUCAGGCAGCGCUGGGAGCACGGCGGCGCUGCUGCUGAUGGUGGUGCUGCUGACAGCGAUGGGGAUGGUGAUGGCAACGCGCGUGACAGCCAGGGACACGGUACACCACGGCAGCAGCAGGCGCAGGGAGAGGGAGAGCGAGAGGGAGAGGGAGGGGGAGGGGGAGGGGGCGGCAAGCAGCGUGCAGGGGGGGUGGGUGGGGAGUGGCAGAGGCAGCAGGGUGCAGGGUUGGGGGCAGGGGUGGGGGCGCGAGGGGCAGCAGGUGGGGGAGGGUGGGUGGGGAGAGGGGCCGCAGAGGGCAGUGCGCCUGGCGGGCAGGCAAGGGCGGGUGGAGGCGGAGGGGGGCGCGUGGCGGAGCUGAGGGCGCGCUUGGCGGGGGGAGCAUGGGGGCAGGGGGCGGGAGCAGCACGAGGGGCAGGGGGCUGGGCGGGUGACGCGGUGGCGCGAGCAGCUGCGGCAGGGGAUGGGGACGGGCAAGCGAAUGGGGAGAGGGGAGGGGCGCGGGCAGGAGGGGGCAGCAACGUGGUGGUGCUGACGUGCCCGCAGGUGGGCCGGCAGCAGCGGCAGCAGGGCGAUGAAGCUGCUGGCGGCGCUGGUGGCAGUGACAAUGGUGAUGGUGGUGGCAGUGGCGGCCAUGCGGGUGGCGCAGCAGCGGAGUGCACGGUGCACCUCAUUGGCACGGCGCACGUCUCCAAGGAGUCGUGCAACGAGGUGCGCCGAAUCAUUCGCCAAGUCAAACCGGAUGUGGUGUUCCUGGAGGUGUGCUCCGACCGCGUCGCCAUGCUCAUGCCCAUGGACCACCUGCAGCUGCCAUCACUGGCGGAGCUCAUGGCGGUGUGGCGCAGCAACAAGUCCAACUCCUUCGCGCUGCUCUACGGCUACCUGCUCGCCAAGGUGGCGGCGCGCAUGGAGGUGUGUCCCGGGGCGGAGUUCCGAGCGGCGUACGAGGAGGCCGUGGCGUGUGGCGCUGUCGUCAAACUCGGCGACCGCCCCGUGCAGGUGACGCUGAGGCGCACGUGGGCCAUGAUGAGCCGCUGGCACCGAGUGAAGCUGGUGGCAAUGCUGCUGCUGCAGGCGCUCUGGCUGCCCUCCAAGGCUGAGCUCGACCACCUCGUGGAGGAGCUCAAGUCAUCGGACCUGCUGUCACUCGCCGUGGCGGAGAUGGGCCGUGCCUUCCCCUCACUGCUGCACACCCUCAUCCACGAGCGCGACCUGUACAUGGCGUGCAUGCUGCGGCACGUGGCCAAGAGGAGCUCGCGCGUGGUGGCGGUGGUGGGCAAGGGGCACGUGGCGGGCAUCACCGCCCACUGGACGCGCACCGACAUUGAUGUGGCAGCGCUGCUGCGCAUGCCUGCCCCCCCCACGCCCUUGUUCUCGCCGCUUGCGUGGCGCUGCUUGCUGGCCAGCAUGGCUGUGGGGGGCGUAGGUGUGGCUGCUCUGACCAUCGCCGCAUGGCGCCGCCGCUGA